ACGCCGGCCAUGCGGCCAAAUCUCCGUCGUGCCAACGGCGGUGCGUAGCAGCCUGGCGCGUCCAACGUGGCAUCAAAAAGUAUCGGGCAUUUCGAGGCUGUUUCUCUCCACUACACCCACCCCACCCUGUACAGCGACUCGCCUGUCGUCUCCGCCCUUCAUCCCACCCUCAUGCCUGUGCAGAAUGUCGGCCGUGUCUAGCUCGGAUCCUGCCAAAUCAGGUACAUCCCUACGAAUCCCCUCUCCCCCGCGAUUAAUUCGUGGGCUGUGCACGUACACUAACGCCUCAGUACAGCUUCCAAGAAGAAAAAGAAGAACAAGAAGAAGGCCAAUGGCAAAGCGGAAGAUGGGGGAAAGCCGGCAGAAGUCAAUGGCGUGAAAGCAGACGAUGCCGAGGAAGAGGAGGAUGACGAUGAACCCCCCACUCCCACUGUGAGCACCAAACCCGCUCUCCCGACCGAGGACUCCCUCCAUAUGCCCUCCUCCCCGCCCGAGAGCGCUCGAAACGACAAUGAGGCACCCGCGCGAAAUGGGCCCCCUCCGGAAGCAGCAGCGCCGGCCGCCGUGGACUCUUCCACACCCCAGCCAGACGCGGCCGCAGACAUCCCCGAACAUGACCGCCUAACCAGCACUUCCACCGAAUCGAGUGAUGCAGCAUCUCGUCUAGACGCCCUACAGCUCGAAAGGGACAAUCUACGCGCCGAAGUCACGCAACUGCGGCAGUCGCUCGAAUCGCUACAAGAGCGCCAUACACAAGAAGUCUCGGGCCUGAAAGAUGAGCUGGAAACCUCGAAUCAGAGCAAAGAGUCGGCGUUGACACAGCAUCGUAACUUGCUGGGCAAGGUGAAUCAAAUCCGUUCGCAGCUCGGCGAGCGGUUGAAGCAGGAUGCAGAAGAGCUGGAGCAAGCGCGAGCGAGGAUUGAGGAGUUGGAGAAGAGCAAUGGCGAAGCUGGCGAGGAGGAGGAGAAGCUUCGCGAAGAGGUCUCACGCCUGAGCACGCAGGUGGAGUCUCAGUCUUCCGAGAUUGAAGGUCUCCGCAGUCGCACGUCAGUGUCUACGAGCAAUUGGGCAAGAGAACGGGAUGAUCUUGUGGCGCAAGAGGCGUAUGUUCGGGAGGAGUACGAAAUGGCAAAGCAGGCGAUGCAGGACUGGGAGAUUUUGGCUACGGAGGAGCGGUCACGGCGAGAAGCGUUGGAAGAGCGAGCGCAAGAACUAGAAGAGCAGUUGAGCACCCAGAAGGAGGCAUACGAGCGGGUCAGGAACGAGACGGAAAUGCAGAGUGGGACGGUAGACGGGCUACAGCGAGCACUCCGCGAAGUGCAAGAGCAGCGAAAAACCGAGCUGCGCGAAUUGGUCGAGCAGUCCGAUGCACAGCUAGAAGAUCUACGCAAGCAAAGCAAAGCCUCCGAAGACGCCGCGACGGCGCUCCGCCAACAACUCGCCGACACGCAGCAGGACCUCGAGCGCGCCCUGCCCUUCGAAAAGGAAGUCAAAGAAAAGAACCUCCUCAUCGGCAAGCUGCGGCACGAAGGCGUCAUCCUCAACGAGCAUCUCAUCAAAGCGCUGCGCUUCCUCAAGCGCGGCAAGCCGGAGGACAACGUCGAUCGCCAGCUCGUCACGAACCACUUCCUGCAGUUCCUCGCGCUCGACCGCAGCGAUCCGAAGAAGUUCCAGAUCCUGCAGCUCAUCGCUGCGCUGCUGGGUUGGACCGAGGAGCAGAGAGAACAGGCGGGGUUGUUGCGGCAGGGCUCCAAUAUUGACAGUCUGAAGAUCCCGAUGUCGCCGUUCAGACGCACGCCGUCUACUCCUGCGUUGACGACCGAUUUCAUGGUGGAGUCGCCGUCCGGAACGGGCAGGGAGAGUUUGGCGGAGCUGUGGUCGGAGUUCUUGGAACGCGAGGCGGAAGCGGGGACUUCGUCGUCGAGCAGGAGCAGCAGUGUUGUCAAGGGGUCUACGGGACGCACGCCGAGUUUGAGCGCCGUCACGAGCCCUGUUCGCGGGCCUGGGGGAAGAGAAGUCCCGGAGAUCAAGAGGCAGGGAAGCCAAGGGACAACGGGAGGGGGCUGACGAGUCAGGGAUGGGGA